AUGAACACCUGGGCUGUCGACGCCUCGAAUCUUCCUGGCCAGGACAAUGCGGCCUUCAAUCCUUCUACCAUAGAUCCCUCGGCCGCCUUUCUCCAUGGAUCGCCUACCCCUGACCCCAACCAAUUCCAGCGCAUGUUCAGUAACGGCGUGCCGAGGAAUGCCUCGCCCGGGUUCCACAACCCAAACCAGGUGAUUCCAUCCAAAAGACCUCGCCCAGAGGAUGGCAUGCCAAUGUCUCCCCGGGCUGCCCCUGGCGUAACGGGGUCGCGAUCUCAGACACCCCAGAUGCCGUUCCCCGGCUACCAAGGUCCAGCCAAUGGCACACCUCAAUUCUCUCAGCACCCGACUCCCUAUCAACACCUCCAACAAGGCGCCUCGCCUAAUGUUACCCAGUCGCCUGUCAUGCAAGAAUUUGAUCAGAAUAGCGUUCGCAUGGGAACUGCCUCUCCAAGCCCCUUCUCUCCUGCUGGCCCUCAUGUUGGUGCUCAGAUGUCCCCUUCACAGUCAGAUGGAAGUCGCGUCAAUACUCCUCAGAACGCCAACUUCAUGCCGGGACAAGCUUUCCCCCAGGGCAUGGGCGGCCAAUUCCAGCAAGGAGCUGGCAUGAGCUCCGCUGCGCCUCAACCUGCCAUGCAGGCCCAAUUUCAAGGAGGAAUGGGCCAAGUGCCUCAGGGCUACCACCAAGCUAUCGCAGCUCAGCAACAACGGUUGCAUCAGAUCCAGAUGCAAAGCAGGCAGAUGAACAAUGCUGGUGCUGGGAAUCCGCAAAUGAGUCGACCUGUGCCCUCGGGAAUGAACCCCAUGGCCAACCCCCAGCAAAUGGCAGCCUUCCGCCACAUGCAGCAGAAUAUGGCGAAGCCCAAUAGCCCCGAAACCUUCAUGCGCUCCCUUCAAAAAUUCAUGAUGUCACGAAACCUUCCUCUGGACCCCAAUCCUAUCAUCAGCGGUCGCCCUGUCAACAUUGUUCAAUUAUAUGGAACAGUGAUGAAAAUGGGUGGUUCAAAGAAAAUCACUGCUAUGAACAUGUGGAACGCAGUUGCACAGAAUCUGCAGUUCCCACAAAUGAGUUUCCCAAUGGCUGGGCAGGAAAUACGCGACUAUCACCAGAGGAAUCUUGCCCCAUAUGAGCAGGCUUUCAUCAACUCGCAACAGAAGCAAUUUGCUGAGCAGGUUCAACAACAGCAAACGAGCGGCCUUCCCCGUCAGCCAAGUGAUCCGUCUGCAAUGCAAUUCCAGUCUCCAGCUCCUGUGAAACCCAGCCCGGGUCCUGGCUUUGAUACGCCGCAACAAAUCCCCAACACUCCUCAGAAUAAUACACCUGUGUCAAACCAGGCUCAGGGAACUCCAGUCAACGGAUUUGCUACGCCGACUCACGCGCCGACUCAUGCGCGCAGCCAGAGCAAACCCCAAGUUGGCCAUAGGGCCAGCAUAUCUCGACAAUCACAACCACCUCUUCAACCUCCCGACGCCUCUGGCCAAUUUGCCGCACCUUCUCCAUCCCAGCAGACUAAAGCUGUAUCAGCGACUCCCUCGCAACCAUCGACCCAGCCUGAACAGAAGCCGGAAGAGUUCACCAAAAUGCCCAUCGAGGAUCCCUUCAAACCUAUGGUGAUCAGUGAGCAUCGUCUGCACGGGCCAAUCUCGGUGGAAGAAAUGUAUCCUCUGGGAGAUGAUGUCUUGAAACUGAAGCCUAAUGUGCCUAGCUUCGGUGAAUUGGGUAUUGUUGAUAUACAUGCCCUGACCAUGGGUCUCAAGUCUGGCAUCCACGCUGAAGUUCGAGUCGCCUUGGAUACACUCACCACUCUCUCCUGUGAGCCUGCAGUCCAGAUCUCUCUUGAGAAUUGCGAAGACCUGGUGGAGAGCUUGGUUGAUUGUGCGGAGGACCAGUAUGAUUAUCUGGUCGACCACAUUCCGGAAACGUCAGAUGUCAUGCAACUGCGCUCUUAUGAAGAUGUAUUAAGAGGCUGCCAGUCGGAAUUCACAUCACUUGCCGAAGUGCCUGAGUUUGGCAGCGAGGCCUUCUUCAUGGACCGCGCAGUGGAGCGGUUGUUGUGCAUCAUCACCAUCCUCCGCAACUUCUCAUUCUCGGAAGCCAAUCACGGAAUUCUGGGAAUAUCCCCAGUGACUCAAGUCCUUGCUGAUAUCUUCCGCUCUCUCGGGACCCGACCAAAGUUUCUCCGAACUGAUCAAAACACCCUCGACUUCAUGAAAGAUGCAGUGGUCUUCAUGAGCAAUUUGGCCCAUGGCAUGCAGAUUCCUGGCAAGGAAGAAGCUCUCAGCCUGCUCAAUUUUCUUCUUGCGUUCUCACCUUCUCCUCAGCCUACAUCCCAGGCAGGCAAAAUUAUGUUCUCCCCAUUCAACCCUUUAAUUCACCGAUACACGCCAGCUGCUGUCGAUGGCCUUGCAAAGCUGUUAGCCCGAGACGACCCGAACAGAAUUUUCUUCGGUGCCAUCUUCGCCGGAGAUGGCUCCGCGGCCCCUCGACCCGAUCUCCUUACAGGUGCAUUUGGCCUUGCCAUCUGUGCUAUUCCUGAGAAAAAGCCUUUGGCGGUUGCUGAUGCACGGAAAAUCUUCCUUAUGCAAGGCUUGCUAGCUGCCGAUGUUCUGACGACAUUUGCUGAUGGCGCAACGGCUCAAUCAUGGCUUGGAUCUGUCGAUGGCUUCGCAACCCACCUCCUCCGCCUUUCAUGCUUGCUGUGCACGGAACGCCUUCCUCAGUUAACUAGCAUACGCCAACGUGGACCACAUGAGGCUGAUGCCUACGCCUUUAGCGCACUUAUUCAUCGUGGGUUAGCAAUUCUGCGCCGUCUUGCAGAAAAAUCCAAGCAGGUUGAUAACACUUUCCCACUUCACCUCCCCUCUGGUGUUGUACCUCGCAAAGAGAGCUUACUCGGUGCUCUGUUGCUGCCGAACCUGGAUCCCAACAUUAUUCGCCAACUCCUUACCUAUGCCCGCCUCGCAGAGUAA